UGUGUUGAACAUAGCAGGAGACACCACAUGGUUGUACAUUUGUAAUUGUGAGCCUCUCUAGUCCCAGAGCUGAUCCACUGUGUGUGGGGUCCCAGGUGCCAUGGAGGAGUCUGCUCUGUCUUUUUGGAUGUAUUUGGGGGUGAUGUCUGUUUUCUUUGGGGUGACUGUGAAGAGGAUCCUGGCCUCUGGAAGGAGCUCUGCUCCGGCCCUGCUUGUGUAUUCUGCUCUGUUUUUCCUCAUUGAGAGGCUCUGCUCCUUCUGCCUGCCAACUUGUUUGGGACUUGGUGUUUUCUGUGCCACAUGGUGGCUCAUCAUGGGCACUGUUGCUGCUGCAAAGCCUCUGCCUGUGGAAGGCAAGGCAAUUUUCAUAACAGGGUGUGACAGCGGGUUCGGAAAGGCUGCAGUCCUGUUCUUGGACUCGCUGGGGUUCCAGGUGUUUGCCAGUGUGCUCGACCUGGAGGGGGCCGGAGCCCAGGAGCUGCAGAAGACUUGUUCUGCAAGGCUGACAUUGAUCCGUAUGGAUAUAACAAAGCCUGAGCAAGUGCAGGAGGCGCUUCGUAUCACCAAGGCAAAGCUCGGGGUGAAAGGACUCUGGGGUCUAGUGAACAAUGCUGGGGUUUGUGUCAACUUCGGGGAUGCUGAGCUCUCCCUGAUGUCGGACUACAGAGGCUGCAUGGAAGUGAACUUCUUUGGCACACUGGAGGUCACAAAGACCUUUCUACCACUGGUGCGCCAAUCACAAGGACGGCUCAUUACAAUCUCCAGCCCAUCAGGGGAGCAGCCCUUUCCUUGUCUGGCAGCUUAUGGGGCUUCAAAAGCUGCAUUGAAUCUCUUCAUCAACACUCUGAGGCAUGAACUCAAGCUGUGGGAUGUGAAAAUCUCCAUUAUACUCCCUUCGUCUUACAAAACAGGUCAGUCAAGAAAUGUCAAGUACUGGGAGGAGCAGUAUAAGCAUUUGAUUGAGAACCUGUCACUGAGCCUCAUGGAGGAGUACGGAGAGGAAUACCUGCUGGAGACCAAGCAGCUCUUCUUCCAGUUUGCAGAAACAGCCACCGAAGACUUGAGCCCUGUCACCAAUAGCAUUGCAGAGGCUCUGCUGUCCAGAGAGCCCAAAGUCAGGUACUACGCAGGCCAGGGUGUUGGACUGAUGUACUUCAUUCACUGCUACCUGCCUGUAUCCAUCAGCGAUCACUUCCUCCAGAGACUAUUCAUGAAAAAGAGCGUUCUGCCCAGAGCUUUGCAGAAGCACAAUAACAACAAAAAAAAAAAAUAAGAAUCAUUCAGCACGACCAUAUUCAUUUGUUUUUCAAUUCUUUUGAAGGGAUCAUUAAAUUUGUUUAUAGUUCUGUGACGAAACAAAGUGAUGGACCAUGUGUGAAAUAACAGCUGACGUUUGGAAGGUUAAAGCGUUGGCCAAGUGCAUUGGCAUUUAUGUGAAUGAAACCAAAAUAACUAGCUGUUGCUAUACUUUUUUUUCCUAAACAAGGGAUGGAAGUACUUUAUGGGCGAUCUGCUGGAAGCAUCUGUACAAAGGACUUGCCAGCCAGUAUGGCACACACCAAGGCACAGCUGAGAAUCUACUACAUUGUCUUUCCUCAAUGAUGCACCUCAAGCACUUACCUCAGCUCUGCUACUCACUGAAUGGUCUACAACCACAAGCGAUAUUCCUAGGAAUAGACGUGCAGUGAAAAACUUCAUUUACACUGGGUCUCACUUUUAUACAUGGCCAGGGGUGUAGUGCUAUAAUUAGAAGUGAGGGGUUGCUAUUAUCUACCCUCACCCCCCCCCCCCCCAACCCUACAACGCCCCCUGCUGUCACAGUUUCCUAUGCGUAACACCCCCUCCCACCUCUCUAGUAUAUUGAAUGGUUUGGUCCACAAUCAGCUUGACUCACUGUCCUAUUGCAGCCGCUUAAGAGCGAAUCAGACUGAGGUUUUGAAACAGAAGUGCAUCUGUUUGCAAAAAAAGAUUUGUGUAAGGCCAAAGGUACCCUUUAUUUGUUUGUUGCAGUUGAGUUUUAUCUUUUAAAUAUCUACUUGACUUCUGAUAGAUGGGUCUAAAAAUGAGAACGGUUCCAAUUAUUGUCUACAGUAAUAGUAAUAUGUUGACACCUCAGCACAGCAUGAUACUGGUUCCCAUCACCUCUCUUACUCUAGACCAGGCACCAGGCACCAGGCUCCCUCGCGAACCCCAAGCACUACACCCCUGUACAUCGUGGACAAUUUGAGGGAUCCUGGCUCUAACAAAUAUCAGGAUUUUUAUUAUUAUUAUUAUUUUUUUAUUAUUUAAAAGUUGUUGUUUUAUAUACUCUCACUGAAGAUUCUUAUUUAUGAGAGUUCAUGAAUCAGUGCAGCUGUGAAUUUUUAAAUUUUUGUAUGGUAAAUUGCAUACCCGUUCUUUCGUUGCUAAUAUUAAAGUGUACUUUUUAAACAAAA